ACCAAACACCCACUCAUCAUCUUAUCUACCUUUAUAUAUACAAGUCCAUUAAUUCCAUUCUCUUCAAGCAAGUUGAAUCAUGCAUAUCUCAUGAUUCAUAUUGAUUGAUUGACUCACCCAUGCAUGCAAUAUGAAACCUAUGUCUCACUUAUCUCCCACGCCUCCAGACCAAGUUUCCCACCACGACAUGCUUCCUUUCUUCAACCAAUCUAUGGAACUUGUUCCUAAUCCUCAAAGAACACGAACUCAUGUUUCUCCCACGCUUGGUGAACUCCUUAAACGCGUCGAAGAUGCUCAAAACGACAACAAAAAUCCUCAACCUCACCAUGUUCUUGACCUUUCUUCAUCUUCUUCUUCCACCACCAUUCCCCCACCUUUUUUCCUUUCUUUCACCAACUUAACUUACAGUGUAAAGCUCAACAAAAAGAUGACUUGCUUCUCCUCCAAAAAAAGUGCUCUUCCAACAGAUGAAGAACCCGAAAUUACAAAACCAAACGGCACCAAGAUUCUCCUCAAUGAUAUCUCCGGUGAAGCAAGAGACGGUGAAAUCAUGGCAGUUCUUGGUGCAAGUGGCUCCGGCAAGUCAACUCUCAUCGACGCUCUCGCUGACAGAAUUUCCAAAGAGUCUCUCAAAGGCACUGUAACUCUAAACGGUGACGUUUUGGAGUCAAGUCUUCAAAAGGUUAUAUCAGCUUAUGUCAUGCAAGACGAUCUUCUCUUCCCCAUGCUCACCGUGGAAGAAACUCUCAUGUUCUCUGCUGAGUUUCGUCUCCCUCGCUCUCUCUCCAAAUCAAAGAAAAAAGCUCGUGUCCAAGCACUCAUCGACCAGCUCGGUCUCCGCAACGCUGCCUCAACUGUCAUCGGAGAUGAAGGUCACCGUGGUGUUUCCGGUGGAGAACGCCGCCGUGUCUCCAUCGGCACAGACAUCAUCCACGAUCCAAUCAUUUUGUUCUUGGAUGAACCAACCUCUGGACUUGACUCUACAAGCGCUUACAUGGUGGUGAAGGUUUUGCAGAGAAUUGCUCAGAGCGGUAGCAUCGUCAUGAUGACCGUUCAUCAACCAAGCUACAGAAUCCUCGGUUUGUUAGACCGUUUGAUCUUCCUUUCCCAUGGACAAACCGUCUACAGCGGCUCUCCGGCGAACCUCCCUAGUUUUUUCCAUGAAUUCGGCCAUCCCAUACCAGAAAACGAGAACAAGACAGAAUUCGCACUGGAUCUAAUCCGUGAGCUUGAAGAAAAUCCCGGAGGAACAAAAAGCCUUGUAGAGUUCAACAAGUCAUGGCAGUUAAAGUAUAAACCAGCAUCUGUAACUGCCGUUAACGGACCUAAAAUGUCGUUAAAAGACGCCAUCAGUGCGAGUAUCUCAAGAGGGAAAUUAGUCUCAGGAACUAACGGUGGUAAUGGCAACGGUAACUCAAUUGCGUCCUCAGUUGCCACUUUUGCAAAUCCGUUUUGGAUUGAAAUGGCGGUUAUUGGAAAACGGUCUCUACUAAACUCAAGACGGAUGCCGGAAUUAUUCGGAAUCCGUCUCGGUGCAGUUCUGGUUACCGGAGGAAUCUUGGCCACCAUCUUUUACCGUCUUGACGAUUCACCAAAAGGUGUUCAAGAGCGUUUGGGUUUCUUCGCCUUUGCCAUGUCAACAACCUUCUACACUUGUGCUGAAGCUAUCCCCGUUUUCCUUCAAGAGCGUUACAUUUUCAUGAGAGAAACUGCUUACAACGCUUACCGUCGUUCUUCCUAUGUCCUUGCACACUCCAUCAUCUCUCUCCCUGCACUCAUCUUCCUCUCCUUCGCCUUCUCCGUCACCACUUUUUGGUCUGUUGGACUUGCCGGCGGGACAUCUGGUUUCCUCUUUUACUUUUUCACCAUUUUAGCUUCCUUCUGGGCUGGGAGCUCCUUCGUCACGUUCCUCUCCGGCGUUGUUUCGCAUGUGAUGCUUGGUUUCACCGUUGUGGUUGCUAUUUUAGCUUACUUUCUUCUCUUCAGUGGAUUCUUCAUAAGUAGGGAUAGGAUUCCACCUUACUGGAUAUGGUUCCAUUACCUAUCACUGGUGAAGUACCCUUUUGAAGGAGUGCUUCAGAAUGAGUUUGAUAUUAAGCCACCAAGGUGCUUCGUCAAAGGGAUUCAGAUGUUUGAUAACACUCCGCUUGGUGAUGUCCCAGGGAGUUUGAAGGUUGAGCUGUUGAAGAGCUUGAGUAGUACACUAGGGACUAACAUAACGAGUUCUACUUGUGUUGUUACUGGAGCUGAUAUACUGAAGCAGCAAGGAGUCACACAACUUAGUAAAUGGAACUGCUUGUUCAUCACCAUUGCUCUGGGAUUCUUCUUUCGCUUCCUCUUUUACUUGGCGUUGCUAUUUGGGAGCAAGAACAAGAGGAAAUAGACACAAAAAUCAUAUUGUAAUAAUCAUAUUGAGAGAGUAUUGUAGCAUGAAAACAAUAUUACAAAUAGGUUCAUGUAUCAUUGUGAUUAAGGCUAGUUUAAUUAUCAACGGUGAUCUUGUGCUUUUCUUUUAAAAAAAGAUGAUGAUUGUAUUUCUAGUAUAAUUUUAUUUUUUAGUUGGAUUAAUUAAUUGGGGCUUCUACGGUGCAA